AUGUUUGAAUACAACAAUGAAUCACAAAAUAUUUGUUUAGUAGUGCCAGCAUUUGAAACUUUUAAAAAUCAUUUGAAACUACCAGAAACAAAAAACGAUUUAUUAAAAUCUUGGGAAAUUGGAGAGAUUUUACCAUUUCGGCAUAAAAUCUGGUCAGCUGGUCAUAUGUCAACGAAUUAUUCACAUUGGAAAUUCUCUAACAAUGAUUACGAAAGUGAUGAACAAGUUUUACAGCCUAGUCAUUCACCCGAAGAAACUAAAUACUAUCCAGUGAUCUUAAGACCAUUACGAGCAUUCAAACACACUUCAAUUGUUAAAAUUUGUGAACUUAUAUUAAUAUCGAAUUCGAAUAAUAAUAAUAAUAAUAAUAAUAAUAAUAAUAAUAAUAAUAAUAAUAAUAAUGAUAAUAAUAAUAGCAACAAUAAUAACAACCACUUGUUCAGUACUUUAUGUUUAGGUAAAAAAAAUGGGACUCUGCAAGUAAAUAUCACAGUAUUGCAACAUUUUGUUUUGUAA